AUGUCAUCAACUAAUAUUGAAGAUGUACCAAUUGAAGUUUCAAAAGUUUUUGAUACUAUUUUGGUAUUAGAUUUUGGUUCACAAUAUUCACAUUUAAUUACUCGUCGUUUAAGAGAAUUUCAAGUUUAUGCAGAAAUGUUACCAUGUACUCAAAAAAUUGCAGAUUUGACUUGGAAACCAAAAGGUAUUAUAUUAUCUGGUGGUCCUUAUUCAGUUUAUGAUAAAGAUGCACCACAUGUUGAUCAUGAAAUUUUUAAAUUAGGUGUACCAAUUUUGGGUAUAUGUUAUGGUAUGCAAGAAUUAGCUUGGAUUAAUGGUAAAGGAGUUGCAAGAGGUGAUAAAAGAGAAUAUGGUCCAGCUACUUUAAAUGUUGAAGAUGAAAAUUGUGAAUUAUUUAAAGAUAUUGAUCAUUCACAAGUAUGGAUGUCUCAUGGUGAUAAAUUACAUGCAUUACCUACUGGUUUCAAAGUUGUUGCAACUUCUGAUAAUUCACCAUAUUGUGGUAUAUCAAAUGAAAAAGAACAAAUUUAUGGUAUACAAUUUCAUCCAGAAGUUACUCAUACUUUACAAGGUAAAAAAUUAUUAAAAAAUUUUGCUGUAGAUAUAUGUAAAGCAAAUACAAAUUGGAGUAUGGAAAAUUUUAUUGAUACAGAGAUUGCAAGAAUUAAAAAACUAGUUGGUCCAACCGCUGAAGUUAUUGGUGCAGUUUCUGGUGGUGUUGAUUCAACUGUUGGUGCUAAAAUUAUGAAAGAAGCAAUUGGUGAUAGAUUUCAUGCUAUUUAUGUUGAUAAUGGUGUUAUGAGAUUAAAUGAAACAGAACAAGUUAAAAAGACUUUAGAUGAAGGAUUAGGAAUAAAUUUAACUGUUGUUGAUGCUGGUGAUUUAUUUUUGGGUAGAUUAAAAGGAAUAACUGAUCCAGAAAAGAAAAGAAAAAUUAUUGGAAAUACUUUUAUACAUGUUUUCGAAGAAGAAGCUGCAAAAAUUAAACCUCAUGAUGGUUCAGAAGUUGAAUAUCUUUUACAAGGUACUUUAUAUCCAGAUGUUAUUGAAUCUAUAUCUUUUAAAGGUCCUUCACAAACUAUUAAAACUCAUCAUAACGUUGGUGGUUUAUUAGAAAAUAUGAAAUUAAAAUUAAUUGAACCUUUAAGAGAAUUAUUUAAAGAUGAAGUACGUCAUUUAGGUGAAUUAUUAGGAGUUCCAGAAGAUUUGGUAUGGAGACAUCCAUUCCCAGGUCCAGGUUUAGCUAUUAGAGUGCUUGGUGAAGUUACAAAAGAACAAGUUAAAAUUGCUAGAGAAGCAGAUGCUAUAUUUAUUGAAGAAAUUAAAAAAGCAGGAUUAUAUAGACAAAUAUCUCAAGCUUUUGCUGCUUUAUUACCUGUAAAAUCUGUUGGAGUAAUGGGUGAUCAAAGAACUUAUGAACAAGUUAUUGCUUUAAGAGCUAUUGAAACUGUUGAUUUUAUGACUGCUGAUUGGUUUGUAUUUGAAGCUCCAUUUUUGAAAAAAGUUGCUUCAAGAAUUGUUAAUGAAGUUGAUGGAGUUGCUCGUGUUACUUAUGAUAUUACUUCAAAACCACCAGCAACUGUUGAAUGGGAAUAG